CCCGAUAUAUUACCAAUGAAUUAUUCCAUCUCCGUUUGUCAUGUUUCUUGGUAUUUCCAGACUGUGAUAUCGUUACGGUCCGCGCUGGACUCAUCACGCGAAGAGCUUCGUCGUCUUAAGGAGAGCGUCGGUGAUUUUUCUGGCGAGAGUUACGUCGACGUCGUCGAGAGGCUCGCUCUCGAGAAUCACGUUCUUAGGCGAAAGAUCCUAAGCAGGAACAGCGAGUUUUCUAGUGAUGCUGCCACAAGCCCGCCGCCCCAGGCUCGUCUUUUUCCACUCGCAGUAGAGGACAUCAAAGAUCUGUCAGGGCAAGCAGGCGCACUCAUGGACGGGACGAGGGACAAGGCCGUCGCGGACGACGUGUCCGAGGCACCUAGGCAGCCGACUAAAGGACAGAACGGGAGCAAGAGCAGCAGCAGCAACGAGAGCCUCGAUUCGCAGUCGCACACGGCCGAAAAAACAGCCAAAGGAGCUUCCUCCAUGGAAGAAAAACUGAAACGGUCGAUAUCAAAGGACAACUCGACCGAUCCCGUAGACCCUACACGAACAGCAACAAUGGAAUCGGACGAAAUCGUCGAGAGCGCGUCAGACGAGGCUGCGCCGACCUCGAUCGACAAACAAUCCAAGGACCCGGAAGCGGAGGACGCGAACGAGUCGCAAGGCGAUCGUUUGGACGUGCCUGAUAAGGAUUUGGAGGACCUGAGCUUGAAAUCCGUAUCGGAUGGAGACAAUUCCGUGUUCAGCGACAAUCCGGAGACCCAGGCGAACCAGCAGCUUCAACGUCAGAGUCAGUCGGUGGACCAGCCCAAGGUCAACGAUCAAUCCGAGAACGAGUCCGAAGAAUUGGACGAUAUCGAGCUGAUAUUCACUACUGAUGAGACGUGUCGCGAUCUGGGUCUACAGGAGGAUCUCGUGUCGAUCACGGAAACGGAAUCGUGGCAGCAACCACCGGCUGCCAAUCAACCGGUGCUGCUCAAGUAUACAAAGUCUGGCGAGGGAGAGUCUCUGGUUUGCAACGGAGAGAAGACCAGCUCCGUCGAGGAGGCGGUGUCCUCGCAGAGCUCCAGCAUCGAUCGCGAGGAAAGCGUUGACAGAUUCGACGAGAGCUCCAGCACCAGGUUGAACAAGAUGUGGUCGCAGUGCUCGGUGCUGGUAGAGACUGACAUCAGCAAGUGCGGUGUCGUCGAGGAGCCCGAAUACCCCACCAGACACGCGGUCAGGAGGAACACUUUGGCUGCGCCACCCACCGCUUACAGGCCGAUCAUCCACCGAGAAGCCCUGGCGGGCAGUCGUCGGAAGAGCUCAGCACCGCUGAGGCCAGUGAUGGACAGAAUCAGUGGAGCGAGACGAGAAUCCGGUGCUCAAACGGACAUCUCAGCGCUACCGGCUCAUUGGCGUUCCGAGAGCUACCUCGCGCACAAAGUAGCCCAUACGUUCACCACGUUGCCCAGCAAAUUCGCCCUGCCGACCGGGGUGCCCGGAAGACUUCGGCUCUCCGACAAGACACGGGAAGCCAGGAGAGUGAUGCUCUCGGACAUCAGUUUCACCAGCAUGGUGCCGGAGCUGUCCAGAAGCGCCGAUCAUCUCUGCCACGAUCCACACGCCCAGACUUGCUUCAGUUCGCGAGGCUGCGGUCUCCGUACACCCGACGUGCACCGUCGCGAAUCCCUGGGUUCCCCUGCGGGAUUCUGGCCCCGUUGCAAUCCCAGCACGGGACUUCCCAGUCCCUGCGACUGUCGCCUCUCCACAGAUCUCUAUUCCUCGCGGUACCGUGGCUCCCUGACCUCGAUUCCAUCGCCAGGACUGGAGGUUUGCAGCGGGCCAUCGCGACGGCACUCCUGGAGAGCAACUGCUGCGUCCUUCGACACGUGGAGAGUUCCCGCGGCCACGUCCACCCCGAGACCGACCUGGUCCUCCAUGCCGUCGUCGCCUACUCACGUGCACCCUUCCGCGACCUCCUCUAAGGCUUCCAAAAACGUGCCGAAGAGAACGCGAUCAAAGGUCACCUUUCAAGAAUGCCCAAUGACACGGGGCAGUUUACCGAACCUACGUUCGGAUUUGGUCGGGGGUGACAACAGUGGCGAUUCGACCGAGUCGUUGAUCGACGAGGCGGAGGAUUAUUUGCGACGGAGCAUCGAUUCGAUGCUGACUGUCUCCAGUACCGGUGUCAGCUCGGAUUAUUGGAACAAGCAAACGGCUAGACGGAGACGUGCACGACGUUACUCCGAGCCUGAUCUCAUCCGUGACUGGCAUCCACCGCAGGAUGCCAGACCGUACCUGCCAAAGAUACCGAGGGAUCUCAAACUGAAUCACCUUGUGAAGGUUAUAUCGCCGGAAGGGAGAGUUCUUCAAGGACGUGUCAGAUACGUGGGACCUGUACCAGGUCGCGCAGAAGCCCACGUUGGCGUGGAGUUGCCUUACUUGAACGGCUCCUCCGAUGGUACAUUCCAUGGUAGAAGAUUCUUCGAUUGUGAUCCUGAUCGCGCGAUCUUCGUACCCUUCAAGAAGGUGAUCCUAGCGUGGUGCACCACCUGACCCGAGCCAUUCACCAGCUUGACGACACCCAGAAUUCUGUUGUCUCAGUACACAAUGUGAAUUGGAAACAGGAACGCGCGUCCACGCGAUCUCGGAUGAUUUCAACUGGUACGUGAAAUCCCUUUGCAUCCCAACGACCACGAAACCACCCGUUUGACCCGGACGAAGGUACGUUCUCGACCCGAGGCGACGCUACCAUUCCAGGAAGAGAGAUUUCGUGGAUCGUCGUGUUUUCGAUCGUAGAUCAAUUCCUCGGCAAAACUUGGAAUCGAGGGCAACUACUUUCGACGAUUAUUGUUUUUAAGCCUUUCGUUCGGUGUUUUCUCAGCUGAAGAUCGGGUAAUAUUGUGAUACAUUUUUCCGUUAAGUUGUUUCAUUUCGUCGGAAAUCUCGAUCGUCGCGAACCUCGAAGAAUAAUCGAACACGAUUGGUUGGCCGAUUUGAUUCCAAGCGAGAACAGUUUGAAACUCUGGAUCGCGAAUGAUCGCGAAGAAUCGAGUAUAUUUUGUGUAACCACGUAUUUAUCAGCGUGCGUUUCGGCGCGAGUAGUAUUGUUGAAAGUCCACUUGCCGAUCUCUGCGACCGAUUUCCGUGUGAAAAUGGAUAAUCAGUAUUAUUAUAGCGCCGGCUUGGACUACAGCUGCGUUUAACGUUCGCGCACAAUGCACAAAUCCGUGCAUAAUAUAUUUUCGGAGGAGGCUUGUAGUAAAGAGGAAAAAAAUGGAAUUGACACACACAUACAUAUGUAUAUAUCAGGUUGUCCCAAAAGUUUCUUUCGCUUUAUUAAUAAGUAAUACAUGCACAAUAGUUUAUGUUUUGUGUUACAUUAUUGAAUUUAUGUUACAUUUUGCUCCAUUACUGUUACAACAUGAAUAUCUAUGAAAUUAGAUUGUCUAUUUAUAGAACACACCAAAUAAUCCACAUCAAAUAAUUGAGUGCAACUCGCGAAAGAAACUUUCCGGACAACCUAACACAUACAUACAUACAUACAUACAUACAUACAUACAUACAGACAGACAUACAUACAUAGGUACAUACAUUGGAAGCUAUAUGUAUGUACGUUUUACUGUGAUUUUUUUUAUAUAGAAAAAUUUCCUUCAUUUUUCUUAAUUUAACAUUGAGAAUAUUUUAGGUAUGUUUCGAAAUAGAUUUUGUAGUUUUUGCAGUUCGUUUCACACAGAAAUCUUUGAGACAUCAGCUGUUCUUUAGGUAGCAAAUUUUCGUUCAAGUCUGCUAUCGGUACAGAUUCUAGAGCUCACAAUUGUUAACCAAAAUUAUUAUUAUUAUUUUUUUUUUUUUUUUAUAAUUCGAAUCGUGGUUCGUAGGGUGAUUUGAAACCACUUUUUCCUUAGCGAAAAUGUUGUCCGAGGCUUCGUUGAGGAGAUAUUAACGGAAAACCUCGACCAAUAAGAGCGCGGGUGCCUAGCGCGUAGCGUACGCUACUGCGGGCGCUCCAGCGGCAUACGCGGGCUCUGAUUGGUCUGCCGCCUAGCGCGUAGCGUACGCUACAGCGAGCGCUCCACCGGCAUGCUCGCGCUCUGAUUGGUCGGUCGCUUAGCGCUCGCGUUCUGAUUGGUCCGGAUUUUCUGUUAAUAUCUCCUCAACGAACCCUCAUCCGACAUUUUUGCAAAGGAAAAAGUUGUUUCAAAUCACUCCCCGAACCACCUCCUCCAAUGACUUCCAACAUUUUUGGGACACCCUGUAUAUGUUAAAAAGAGUGAACAUAAUUUCCCCUGAAACAAAUUUUCCCUUCUUAUCUCACUACAUACUUUGAUCUAUACCCAACCCUAGUUUAUUACAAUUAAUUUCUAAAAGAGAAUCCUAUACAACUAAAAUCCAAAAUAUCUGUGUCGAAAGAGUGAAAUCGAAAAAGCCCCUUACGAUUCAUAUUUAAUCAAAGAACAAUCGAGUUUUGUUAAAAUCAUCCAUUAAAUAAAUCCACGGUACAAGUAUCUUAAGCGUUCGAAAGGCUAUAGGACAUUACGUACAAUUGAAACUGUGUGUAUCUUAAUCGCUGUGCAUCCGUGAAAGAACAUAUUUAAACGCGUGUCUGUGUCUGUAUCGUCUGUGCAACAUUUAAACGACACGAUGAGUCGCGACACGAGAAUAUAUAGCGUAAUAUCGGAGUCGUAGCUGUUAGAGUUAAAUCGAUAUAUGUCUUCGUCUUAAGAGGUCAGAGGCAUUGUUCAAACACGUUAACAAAUUCUUCAACGUGCCCUAGGUAUCUCGUUCUUCGUUCUUGUCAAAGAACGUUUCGAUCUCGGGUUUUCGUUAAAAGAAGAAGAAAAAUGAAAACAAAAAAAAAACAACUAGGAUCUCGAAUUACAUAUUUACGAGAAGAUCGAACGAUUAGAUAUUUGAACCACGUGGAAUCGUUUGAAAUAAUACUAGACUACUAAUUUUUACUCAUUUUCACGAAUGCGUCGUUCGAUCAAACUUGAGAAUUAUUUACGAGACGUUACAAGGAAAUCAGCAUACGUUUGAAUUGUUUAGACUAUCGGAAGAGUGGCUGGUGUAAUUCUGCUUGAACUUUUUAUCGACUUCGGAAACUUCGAACGGGAGCGUUUAACCAAACGGUUAUGUUUUCAUCGCGGCACGAUUAUUCACGCCAGCGAAACAUCGCGGCGUAUUCAUAGAAGUUGCGGAGUAACUUCUAACAAUCGCUCGCGGUUGGUUAUCAUAAUUUCAGGUAAUGACGGUAUUAGAAUCAAGGACAAACAUCGUCUGUAAUCUGCCAUUAGCGGUCUCGGUUUCUCAAGAAACUCGAGUUACUCAACUGGAAUUGCAUCCAGCCGUGGAAAACAAGAAAAAUUGUUGCUCUCGCGGGAUGAAAAAUUACCGCUCGAGAAAUCAUUCUCUCGUCGUGACUUCGGUCUUAGAAAAUGUUUUUACGAUCUGGUGAGCGGGGAUCGAUUAAAAAAAAAAAAAAAGUUUUCCAAAAGUGACUCGAGGAAUUUGUUUUUAUAAAAUACAUUGUCAGUCUACUUGCGGUGUUAUCAUAAAUAUAUGGAAGUAAAUUAUAUACUUCUGUUUUAUUAAAUAAAUAAGACUGUAACGUUUUGGAGAAGUCUUAUGGCAGAGUUUCCCGAAGAAGAAAAUGUGAUGAAAAAACAUAAUCGAUAAAAGAAUAUACAGACAGUGCCGUAACAAGAAUAUGAAGCGCCUGUGGCAAUGUUAAAUGUAACAUGUUAAAUUUUACUGAAUGCAAUAUAUUAAAUACUAUUGACCUCGUCAAAAUGAGUUGCAUGUAUACAGGGUGGCCCCAAGCUAAUUAUUCAGGUGGCUCGUUUUAAAUGCCUCGCUCUGAUACAUAUAUGAUAUAAUGAACAAAGUUUAGUAUCGUUACGAUUUUUACCAUAAUUUUCUUGAUUUAUUUAACCCACUGUCAAAUACGAUUUAUAAUCUGUCGAAGACCUUUAAUUGCAAUUGGAAAUCUGAUUGCCCCUCUCGGAUUGUUUUAAAUUGUAAAUUAAAAACCUUUUAUCUUUGGUAUUAUUAUUCUUUAUUAUCAUCGUAGGCAAAAAGCCGUGGCAAUUAAUUCCGUUCAAUCUUUUCUCGCGCAACACCUGCCACGAGGCGCACGGUUCGUAAUCGUCUGGCAGCAAACUUCGUGGAUAGCAAACAUCUCGCGUGACUCGAAGUAAAUUUAGUUAUCGCUAUACUACGCGAUACCAUCUAACCGUACGUAACAUCUUUUGUUCGGAGGAAAGAUCGGUAAAAGUUUCGAAGAAGUUUCAACUCCCGCUUACAUUUCAAUCGAACCGCAAACGACGAGUAAUUGCACACAUUUCGCGUUAUACUUGAUCAGAUGGCUAUUUUCGGUCACCCAGUAUACGGCGUUUCAAUUUCGUUAUUGCCAGGGUUAAUUUGAUAGCAUUCUUCUCAAAGAUAUUAUAUUUUAUAAUAUGUUAGGAUUAUGUUAUCGUAUUGUUGUAAUAUACAGGGUGUUAAAAAUGUUUGUGGUCCUUGAAAGGGGUGAUUCGCGGUAGCGUAUGAGCGAAGGCUCCUAGCGCAUAGUCUACGUUACUGCGGGCGCUCCACUGGUAUUCUCGCGCUCUGAUUGGUCGGCCGCCUAGCAGCGUAGCGUACGCUACCGCGGGCACUCCACAGUGAGACUCGCGCUCUGAUUGGUCGGCCGCCUAGCGCGUAGCCUAUCGCGGGCGCGCCACCGUGAUCCUCGCGUUCUGAUUGGUUGAGGUUUUCUCCUAAUAUCUCUUUAACGAAGCCUCGGACAACAUUUUCGCCAAGGAAAAAGUUGUUUCGAAUCACCUCCUGAAACCCCUUUCACCACCCCUUUCACCACCCUUUUCACCAUCCCUUUCAAUGACCUCCGAAAUUUUUGGGACACCCUGUACAGAGUGGUCUGAGAGGAAACGCUAACAUAAUACUUUGCCAGUGGAUUUUCGGAUUAAUUCUAAGCGGAAACGUAUUACACAAAACGCGAGUCUGUUUCAUCAAUGAUUAUCGAGAUGCAUUUCAACAAACGGAGCGACGAACAGUGACGAAUAGAUUUCACGCGACUACUUAUCAAUCAUUCAACCGUGUGUAUAUAAACUGUAUUAAAAUUGUCUUGGAACGACUAUUUAUUUUUAGCGAUGGAUCGAACCACGGGAAAGUAAUUGUUACGACGAUUGCUCGAUGGAUAAUUAUUUAAAAUAAAUUAAGGCCGUUGAUCGUCACGAUUAUCGCGUUGCAAUGUAUAUUUUCUAAUUACAAAAUUAAUUUACCUUCACUUCGACCUUAACAUUAGCCUUCGUCUUCGGUGAAAUUCAAGUAUGAAAUUUUUAUCGAACACCAUUUAAAUAUUUUUUAUUGCAUUUCAUCGACGAAGAUCCGAAUGUUAAAAUUCGAAACAUUUUAACUAAAAAAAGUAACAUUGCUAACGAUGAUCUAUGACUUUCCGUACUACUUAAGAAAAAAAAAAAACACUAAAUUGUUCACAAACUAAAUAAAAAUUCUUUUAUUCGAACGAGAAAUGUCGAAUGAAAUCGCAAAAACUAUGGUAAUUUCAGUUUCGUUGGAAAUACAACCGAGUUCUCGUUGAUCUAUGCGACUUAGCGAUCUACACGCAGACUUAAGAUUAGAUACGAGUAAGCUAAGUGUGAUCUGUGUAAAAUUAACGAACAAAGGAUAUUUUUCUCUCGGUAAAUCGCGGGGCUUACGGUGUGUGUUUAUCGAAUGUGCGAGCCAGGCUCGACGUACGACCGCAACGGGUCAACGUAUGACGCGAAACGGUUACUCGGCUCUCAAUUGCGUAUAAAUGCAUGCAUAGGUGUAACCAAGGAGAGCACACGUACAACAGAAUUAUAAUAAGAGAGAUAAAUGACCGUGGAUGGGCAAAAUUUUAUUCGAAUAUUCGCUGACGAAUAAAAAAUCGAUAAGGGGAUUUAUUCGAUGAUAUAAAGGAUGAAAAGUUGAUAAUUUAUUCGUUAGUCGGGAU